AAGACACAUGCUUCUGCAAGCUUCCAUGAAGGUUGUGAAAAAAGUUUUAAUACAGCGUUGGAUUACAGCUCUCGAGCUCAAAACAUUGGCCAUUACACUACCAUCUUAAAAGCCUGCUGUAACACGGAGCACAGAAUAGAGCAGAUUUCUUACAUUUUCUGGACCACAGAUGGAUUUCGAAUGCCUCUCUGUGUCUUGAUGGAAGAUAAACUUCAUUAACUGUAAUCCGUACCUGAUCGCUUGUGAGCGUGUAUGUGUAUAUAUACAGAUAUAUAUCUAUUUAAACCCUUAUCAUGAUUUUCUUUCAUGUGUAUCUAAAAUCUGCUUUAAGAAAUGACAUUCUCUAGAUGAACUUAGAAUUGUUUUAGGCAGCAAAGAGCCAGAUAUUUACUCUCAGAUGUUGGAAUCUUUUGUGAGUUUAUAAGAGAAACUCUGGAAGCUUUUCUUUUCUGUACUGGUGAUAGAGAAAUGCAUUUCGAAACAGACGCCUCUAGCUGUAUGACGACGACUGCGUAGUAACCUGUGGAUUUUAAACAUCAGAAUGUACAAACCGUGGGCAGCUGUGAAUAUUUUCAUAGUUUCUUUUCUACAUCUGCUGCAAGGAUCUGACUAUGAGAAUGGAUCUGUGAAGAGGACAUCGCUGUCGGCGUUGGAGCGGUCAGAACAGCAGAUCAGGAGAGCAUCCAGCCUGGAAGAGCUGCUUCGCAUCACUCACUCCGAGGACUGGAAGCUGUGGAAAUGCAGGCUAAAACUCAAGAGUCUGGCCAAUUUAGACUCCCGCUCUGCAUCGCAUCGCUCCACCAGAUUUGCUGCUGCUUUCUAUGAUAUCGAUACACUGAAAGUCAUAGACGAGGAAUGGCAAAAGACUCAAUGCGUGCCAAGGGAAACCUGUGUGGAAGUUGCCAAAGAGCUGGGUACAACGACGAACAAAUUUUUCAAGCCUCCCUGUGUGAAUGUGUUCAGAUGUGGAGGCUGUUGCAACGAGGAGAGUCUGAGCUGCAUGAAUACAAGUACAACUUACGUGUCAAAAACGGUAAAUGAGGCUAUUAAUCUGCUUUCUUUUUACCUUG